UAUGUCUCCGCCCCCCAGCCAAGCAAAUUGCGUCAAACGCUCCUCCUCGCCCAUUUCCCGCUGUUUCCCAUCAUAAGAGCGCCGACAGCAUGGAGAGGGUACUAGAUGAGUGGCUGUGGCAAGAGGAGUACUGGCUCCCUCCAGGUAUCAGCUGGCAGGACAUUGAGAUGAAGGAGAAUGAGGGUCGCCAUCCUCUGCCCCGGGACCUCCUCUACACCCUGCCGCUGGCGUUCGGCUUCAUAGCCCUCAGAUACGUCUUUGAGAGACUCAUAGCCCUGCCAUUAAGUAGACGUUUAGGUGUGAAGGAUCGGGUUCGGAUUCGAGCACCAGCUGUCCCAAAGCUGGAGACCUUCUACAAAAACAACAACCGACAACCGUCACAGAGCGAGGUCGUGAGCCUGGUCAAGCAAUGUGGACUCUCCCAGACAAAAAUCCAGACCUGGUUCAGACACAGACGGAACCAGGACCGUCCCAGUAACACCACGAAGUUCUGCGAGGCCUCCUGGCGGUUUGUCUUCUAUCUUGCAGCAUUCACAGCAGGGCUUGCUUCUCUGAUUAAUACUCCAUGGUUCAUGGACCACAGGGAGUGCUGGAGGGGCUAUCCUAAACAGCCUGUAUCUGAGGCACAUUACUGGUAUUACAUAAUGGAACUGGGUUUCUAUUGGUCACUGCUACUUUGUGUCUCCAUCGAUGUGAAGCGAAAGGAUUUCAAGGAGCAGAUAAUCCAUCACAUUGCCGCCAUCUUCCUCAUCGGUUUUUCUUACUGUGCCAACUAUGUUCGGGUUGGCACGCUCGUGAUGCUGGUACACGAUUCGUCUGACUUUCUUCUCGAGUCUGCCAAGAUGUUCAACUAUGCUGGCUGGAGGAGGACCUGCGACGCGCUUUUCGUUGUUUUUUCUCUGGUCUUCCUGGUCACUAGGCUGGUGGUCUUCCCUGGCAGAGUGGUCCACACAACGCUGGUGGUGUCUCUGGAUUACUUUCAGCCUUUCUUCGGCUACUACUUCUUCAAUGCCCUGCUAUUGGUGCUACAGGCGCUGCAUAUCUUCUGGGCUUAUCUCAUUCUUCGUAUGGUCUACAAGUUUGUCUUCUUGGGCAAGGUGGAGCGAGAUGAACGGAGUGAUGAGGAGAGUGAGGUAGGGGAUGAGGAUGGAGAGGAGGAGGAACCUGGUGAGGAAGAGGAGGAGUGCAACUGGGAACACAGAAAGGGCUCGAUCAACUCCAAAUUAGCAUCGCUGGCUAACAACUGUGUCCUCAACAACCUCACCAACCAGAGGAACAUGAACAGCAGACUGCCUAAAGCCAGAUAGUAAAAGUGUCCUCCUCCAUAUCUCAC